AUGGAGGGCUCAUCGACUCCCCUGGCGGAAUACUUCUGGAUCGCCGGCAUAGAGGCGGUGAUUUACGAUGAGUCCUUGCCGCCAGUGACCCAUUCCACCGAGACGACUACCAUCGUCGAGGAUGGAGAGCCCGAGGAUGAGGAGGACGCUGCUAGCAAUCACACCAAGCCAAGCGCCGCUCGCCACUCUCGCCAGAAUUCUGCCAACCGCUUCUCCAAGCUCUCUUUGGACGGCCGAAAUUCCGUUCAGACCAUCGAGGAGGAUGAUGGCAACACAAGGAGCAACAGGAGCAGUGCCACUAUAAAGGCCAAGCCAGGCAUUGGCAAUGGCAGCGGCAUCCCUAACGGGGAUGGCAUCAACAAUGGCGGUUCGAUGGGCGAAUUCUUGGGCCUUAUGGGAGACUUUGAUUUCGACAAGGCACUUCUCAAGUUCGCCGCAGAGAGGGAGAACUUCCUUGAGGAUCUCUCCUUCAGUGCUGGCGCGAAAACACAGGCACGAGCGCCCAUGGUAAACCCUCGGGCUGAGCGCAUUCGUGCCGACGAGGCUGAACCCAGCGGAAGGGUCAGUCCUCUGAGGAGCAUUAAGGGUAGCAUCCGCCGCAAGAUCAGCUUUAGGGAUAUGAACAGCCUGCGGAAGCAGCCCAGCGUUGCCAGACCCAUGUCACAAAGAGCUCCUUCAAUAAGGACCACGAGACGACUUAGUAACUACAACUCGGUGAUCCCCCCUCCCGAGCCUUUGAAUACCGAUCCCGAUAUGCAUCCCCUCAAGAGACGCUUCGAGCCUAUGCUCCUGGACCGGUACCCACCCAAGACUGCUACCGACGAGGUCGCUCGACGAGGAAAGUUCCCCGAUUAUGUGCCCAUGUUCGCCUUCCCCAAUGAUGUUCAGAUUGUCUCGUCCGAUGAUCGGCCGAGGUCUACCUGGCACGGCUUCACAAUGACAUCCGACGACAAUUCCAAGUUGUACGGUAUUACACUCAUUGUGUGGACAGCACUACCUGCCGAUGUGGCCGAGGUGGUGGAGAACAAAUGCGAGGACUGGCGACAGAGCCACAUGUCCAACGAGGAGCGGGAGCUGGCCGCAAGCCUGGGUGUGCGCCUCGCCAGCGAGCGAUCGCACUUGUCGCAGCUCUUGGCUAAACUUGGGACAAUUCCCUCAGGCACCCCAGCCCGCGAUAGGCUCGAGGAUGAGAUCGGCGGUGUCGAGGAAAAGAUUACCCUCAUGACGGACAUGCUUAGGCCCCUGAGACACGGUGCGGCCUCCAGAAUUGAGGGCCUUACAACUGGCGAGACAGGUCUCUGGGCCCCACGCGCGUAUGGUAUUCUGGGCAGAGAUCCUGCAAACAUGGCAUUCUGGAAAGAAUGGCUCAAGGCGAUAGUUGUUCCCAUGACCGACGGUGCCGUCCUCAGGAUCCCUCCAAGCUCUCCCAAGGUCGGCCGAUGGCAACCUUUGGAGCAGUAUGUCGUCAAUCUGUGUACUGAAGCUUUUAGCCCACUGGGCUCCAAGACUCAAGUCGAGAUUGGCGUACGGGAACUGCGCCUCUUCUCCCGCAAAGAAGCGGCAAACGAGAUUCCCGGCUCCAGGACCAUUGAUAUCUACGCUCUAUUCAGAUGUCUCUCCCUUGAGAACAUUGUCGCUCUGUUUGAAUACGCCAUGUCCGAAUCUCGCAUCAUCUUCCUCUCCUCUCACACCAGCAUGCUGCACUUGGCCUGCCAUGCUCUCGCAAACCUUUUGUACCCUCUAAAAUGGGCAAGCAUCUUUAUUCCUAUCCUGCCCGCCAGGUUGAUCUCUGCUCUUGAUGCUCCUUGCCCAUAUAUUGUUGGCGUGGAACGCCGUUAUGAGCGAAUUGAUCUCCCUGAUGAUGAUUAUGUCCUAGUUGAUCUUGACAAGGACACUAUCGAUGCUACGUCGCAGCCUAACCGUUUACCUCGACAGCAUCGUAGGAAGCUGAUGUCUUUGCUGCAGGUUGCGGCUCCGCACAAGCUUCGAUACGGUGUUACCACAGGGCCUCCCCCUUACGCAAUGGAGGCUUUCCCGUAUGAUUCCUUCUCAUCGGAAAACGCAUCUCUGUUCACAAGCGUUGCUCCGCCGUCGACUCUCGGCAAAUGGGUGUCUCAGAAUUCGUCUAGCUUCGCGGAUCCCGACCCCCCAACUGAGCUAUUACCUCCAGUCUUUAACGGAUUUUCUGUGUCUAUGGUGGACACAGGUAAAUCUGAUCGACCAGGGACGAGCAAGUCGAAUCACACCAGCCCUCAAUCCUCCGUAUCCCCAGUCUCCAUGAAAUUCCCUCCCAUGCCGUCUACUCCGGUCUCGCGCAGUGAUUCGGGCUUCGCCUUGACCGCGACACUUCGGGAGAAGCGAUCUGGGCAUUUUGGAGAAGACAAGGGCCGACGAAGCUCCUCUUUUGGCGUCGACAAGUACCAGCCCGUCCACCGGCCUAGCCUCCCCUUCCUGAACGGCCAUCAGACAAACCUAUCCAUCUCAACUUUGGAUUCUCAGUCGUCUUUUGGAGGAGGUUACGCUCCAUCGACGUACGCAGCCUCGACUUUGGCGGCCUCAACUAUUAUGCCCAACAUGCAGAUUCAGCCAGUCAGUAACACUGAUACGACGGUCUGGGUAGAGGGACACUGCUUCAACUGGAACCCCAAGGACACCGCAUCGGUCUGCACGAUUUGCGAAGAGAGGUCCGAAGGCGAUGGAUUCUACAAGUGCGGUGCCUGUAAGACCGUGGCCCACGGUAGAUGCCUGGGCUUCGUAUCCCUGGUGUGUACCGAGGCUUUCCACGCCGACCGUGUCCGAGCGGCGUUUUUGUAUGCCUUUGACAUGGAUGGGUUCAUCAAGAGUCUCCCUUACGAUCAGCAAGAGUAUGUUACAAUGAUGCGGGAGACGCAAGCAUUCAACGAAUUUAUCCAUGACAGAGAAAUCAAGCUUGCCUCUGAGCCUGAAAUUCGGCUCUUUGACGAGAUCAUUAUGGCUAAGAAGGCCCGUGGACGCACCGGCCUGCCUUCGAGCUUGUCCCGGCUGUCUACGCUUCGCGGUAACAGCGGUACCAAUUCAUGGGGGCUCUCGCCGUCCGGCCGUAGUGGCAGCAGCGCAUCCAGCAGCGGCAGCAACGGCAAGAUUCCCCCUUAUCUUAGCGAUACUUCAGAGCACAUAUGGCGCACAGCCUCUGUGCCUCUGCCCAAGGGCAACUUCCCGGGCGAAUAUCACAGCAUCGUGACUCGGAUGCCGGCUCGCCUUGACAGAUCGCUCAUGCGUGAGCCUCGCACCAUCCAGGGCGUUCCCCGUGUUGAGCCACGUGGUCCCAAGGGAGUUGCUCGAAAGCAAGUUCCGAACAUGCUGGGCGGCACGCCUCUAUGA